GAGCUGUGUUUUUUACCGGUUGUUGUAUGUGUCGUUCAUGUACUGACUCCUUCACGAGCAGUAGCGUGGUUAGUUUGGAUGAAGCCUAAGAUCCAGUACCAUGGUCAGUGGCUACACUCGAGUCAGGAAGGCGACCUAUGUUGUUAGAUGGCGCGACGAUUCUUGCAUUUCACUACAUGUGUUUGCAUUGUCAAUCGGCAUUUAUGACAUUAGUAUUGUGUUUAAUGUUAUUUAGUAGCUAAUAUUGUUGGAAGAUGUUUUUUGUAUAUCCAUUCAUUAACAACUAUACAACUAGAGUUAUCAAAGAAUAAUGCUGGCAGUAGCUUUUUAUGAGAAGUCACAAGAUGAAUUCUGUAAAUACAUUGCCUUCGAAUUAUUCCUACGUUUUUAACUUUGAAGAGCAGUUUAAUCAUAAAGAAACAAGAGAAUGGAUGAUAAAGUACUGGACCACUGGUUUCUUGUUUUGUGGAUUUUAUGUACUUUUCAUAUUUGGUAUGCAGUAUUAUAUGAAAAACCGUCCAAGAUUUCAACUUCGUCGCAUUCUCGUUCUGUGGAACGUCAUGUUAGCUGCAUUUAGCCUUAUGGGAGCUAACCGAACCGCACCGGAAUUUUUCCAUGUUCUCAAGAAUAAUGGGUUCUACUACUCUGUGUGUGUACCCAGUUUCAUAGAAGAUGAUUGUGUGUCUGGGUUUUGGACCUGGAUGUUCGUACUGUCGAAGCUGCCGGAGCUGGGAGACACUGUGUUCAUAGUGUUACGGAAGCAGCCUCUCAUCUUCUUGCACUGGUACCACCACGUAACAGUUUUGUUGUACUCAUGGUUCUCGUAUACCGAAUACACAGCAUCUGCAAGGUGGUUUAUUGUCAUGAACUACUGCGUACAUUCCAUAAUGUACACGUACUAUGCAUUGCGCGCAAUGGGAUACAUGCUACCACGUCCAUUUGCAAUGCUCAUAACAGCUUGUCAGUUAACCCAAAUGGUUGUCGGUUGUAUAGUAAAUGUGUGGGCAUAUAAGUACCUUAGUGGUGGCCAAGACUGCCAUAUUUCCUACACAAACAUUAAGCUAUCCAUCGCCAUGUACUUCAGUUACUUUAUACUUUUUGUAAGGUUUUUUUACCAAACCUAUUUUGUUAUGAAAAAGCCAAAACUUGACGGUUGUUCAAAGAAAUCUGCUUGAGAGUGGGGAAAAUGGUAGUGUUUUUUUUAUUUAAGUAAUAUGUUGUUGCUUUAUGGUUGUGUAAGAGGUAUUGUUAUACUACUUAGUAAUUUAAUAAAGUGAAUGGUUUUAGAGUUGCAAUAUGUAACUUAAAACAUUUUAGACCAUUUCUAUACGCUUAUUAAUUGUUGGCUGAUGUAAAUACACUGUUGGUCAAUAAUAUAGUUAUUGUUCAGUUGUGUUCAAAUGUAUGGCUGCAAUAGGUUCUCAAACUCAAUAACAAUGUAAUGACUUUGUGUUGAAAAAAUGUAGGCAGUGGUGUUCUGACAUGAUUAAGAAUGUCUCACAAAUAUUUAAACUCAGAAUUUUGCUGCACAAAAAUGUUUUAUGACUAUGAUAUUAAAUUUUUUAAUUUUAUGAAUGAAGAAAAGGCCAUGAAAAAAGUAAAAGCAGCAAAUAGUGUGUUAGAAAUGUAGUUAAAUAAUUAUUUAAAUAUAUAAACUAUACUUAACAAAUUUUGUAUAAGUUAGAUUUUUCUUUGUUUUGAACAAAGGAUUUUGUGUAGGUUUAUAAGGGUAAAUUUUUGUUGGUGGUCAUAUAGAUCCAAUUUGCAUUUCUGGUGAUAGUAAUGUUUUAAAAGUACUCAGAAAUGUACAGAAUUGUCAGGCAUUGCUCAUAAACUACCUCAACUUGUCUCCGUUUCAUUGGGUGGUCUGCAGAUGAUAUAAUUUUGGUCAUGUCUGUAUAAGAAGUUUUUCAGGGUCGUUGUCUUUCGCCCAUAGAAGCCAAAGUACAGGAGGCUGUAGUUUUUCCUAAAAUCUUGCCAGAAACUUAUAUAAUAAGUUGUGGAUAGCAUCUUUACAAGAUGUUCCAAUAUUAAUUUUGCCAAAACAUAAGUCUGGUAUUACAAAAUAUUUUUACUUUGUGACAUUAAAUUUAUAUUUGUUCAUUUUACCUUAAAUUAUGCCGUAUAGUGACUCUAUUUUGUGUCUCCUAUAGUUGGGGAGAAGCUUAGUUGUUUAAGGGGGUACGGAGCACCCUAUGCUUGCAAUGUUAAUAUAGGCUUUACAUAAGGAACAUUUUAGAUAAAUCUAUGAAAGCUAUUUGUUCCAGAUUUUUAUAGGUUGUAAGUAUAUAAUUAAUAUUGAUGCUCAAAUAACAAUAUAAUAAAACAAUGUAAAUUUAAUAUUUUAUAAUUUUUUUUUAAACUUUUUUUGUAAUUUUUUUUUUCAUAUUUUGAGGUUAUAUAAUUUUUUUGUUUUUAUUAUUGUGAAUAUUUUUCAAAGAUUUUAUUUCAGUAUUCAUAGAACCACAUUAUCAAGGCAUUCUGUUAGUUUCGUCUCCCAGCAUUAAACCAAAGUCAAGAAAAUUUACCUUAAAGUUUGAAAAAAGAUGUUAUUAGAAAAUGGCCUUCACAUUUGGCAAUCAGUGCAUGCCUGCUCCAUAACUAGGAUUGUCAAUGUCCUCUUCCAUUUCACUCUCAAGCUUCCUUUUGGCAUUCCUCCUAGCCUGUCUGAUCUUUUUGUGCAAAUUUCUGACUCAUUUCAGCUUGCCUAAGUCUUUUUAAGUCAAUUUGUAGCAUAGCAUCAGAGUGCGAGAGUCAAUACUCAACCCCAGUUCUUCCAAUACCUUACAUUUUGUAAUAUUUCCUUGAUUGAAUGAUGCUACCACAUCAUAAACACCAAAAUGAAGAGUAUUUAUUUGCACAAACACAGUUUUGGGCAACCUACUCCAUAUGACGCUAUUCACACAUUCAUUUGGAUUCUGAGUACGACCAUGAAGACACUUUUUCAGGAGAUUGAUCUCUGACACAUCCUGAAAAAUUGGUUUUACUUCUUCCAUUAUGGCGAAUGGUAAACUGUGUGGAAGGUUAUAAGUUUCUCCUGUAAUUUUUCCUCGGUUAUAUUUACACCAUGAUUCUUCUCCUAUUGGACACAAAUCAUGUUGCGGGUUGUCAUCAGUCGAUGAAAUGUGUCAAAACAGAGCCCAGACAGCUGUCCUCAUUUUCUCCACACUUUCAGUAUUCUGUCUUAUUGCAAGUCCAUAAUAAUUCUGGCUAAUAUCAAUGGUGGAGUCUGUUAGCCUGUUUUUACCAUCUAGUGUUCUUCCAUCACUCAACUUUUUUCCUUUCAUGCUUUUUUUCAGUCGUCUCAGUCUUGAACCCAUUCGCUUUUGAACAUGUCCAACACAUUCCAGUUUUGUAAUCUGUACACACUCGCCAUAUGGUUUCAUUUCUUGAAUUGCCUUGAAUGCUGUUGAGUAACCAUCCCCUAAAUAGCGCACAUAUCUUGUAUUAUACAGUGACAAUGAACGCUCAAAAAUCUCUUUCACUCCAGAAACCUCCAUACCACCACUAGAUCCACUGUAGUUUGAUGAACACCGCUCUUCAUGAUGGUUUCCUGGUAAUCCUUUGCAUUUACAGUGUUUAGACAUGAUUGCAAUGUCAAUUACCUUUCCUGUAUCUACACUUGUGGCUGAAACUGUACCAUUUAGCGACGUAUGUCCCCGUUUCUGCCAAGAGCCAUCAAACACCACAGUUAUGUCACGAUCCAUGUUAUUUUCUUCAACAGCUUCCUCAACUUUUCAUCGCAGCAUCCUCCACAGCAGAACCUACCACAUUUGAUCAAAUUUUGAUGGUGGACUUGUUAAAUUCAUUACACCACAUAACAUGGCACCAGCGGCUCUUCCCUUGCCAAUUGCGCGAAGUCCAUAAACUAACCUAAUAUUUACACUAUAAUGUUUACUUGAAAUCAUCUGCUUAUCAGGAUUUUUUACAUUUAUACUAGUAGAACUGGAAAAUGUUGUCUUGUAAUUACAAUGUUUACAAAAUAUUUCUAACUCUGCAGCCUUGCCUAUAUGUUUGUUUACAUUCAGACAUAUGCCAUUUUUAGCACACAGCUUGCAUAAAACAUUAAUCUAAGUAUCUCUGACAGUAUAGAAAUAUCAGUAACCUCAAACAUUUCACUUCCUGUAUUUAUGUUACGGUAAUAUUCUUUCACUUCGCCUAGUUUUUUUCUACAAGAUUUUUCAAGAACAUGAUGCACAGAACUGGAACAGUCUCCUUUUAGGUUAGUUUGGUCUAUACUAGAAGUAAAAUUUGAUAGCAAUCCCAAAACUUGUUUGUCACUCAAUUUCGCUUUCUUUUUCCAAUUUACGCGUUAUUUUGGUUUAUACUAGAAGUAAAAUUUAGUAGCAAUCCCGAAACUUGUUUGUCACUCAAUUUCACUUUCUUUUUCCAAUUUACUCAUUUUUUGAAUACUAUAUUAUAAAACCUCGGCAUGUUGGAUCAGCAGAACACAAUAAACCCACAAGAAAACAUGCUUGCAGAAUAGUAUUACUGAACCACAAUGGCUAGAGGUACUCGAAUUUCGUUAAUGACGAAAUCGCGAAAUUUUACUAACGAUUUUGGAACUACAUUCUAAGCACUUACAAAUGUGUUUCCAAACGCCUAUUUUGAUUUUACAGCAUUUCGUUUUCACAAAAUAACUGGCGAUGCCGCGAAAUUAAUUACUUUUCGCGAUAUUAUUGUUUCACGAAAUAUCAGAAAAAUGUCAAAAUUUUAACGCGAUAUGAAUAUUAAGUUUCACAAUAAUACUUUUGCCGCAAAACGUAUUUGAUUAGUAAACCAAAACAUUGUAAGCCAUCUUUAUUAUGAGAUGCGCCAUAGAUAAGUUGAAGAAAAAUAAAUACCAAACACUCGGCCCGAAAGCUGCAACCAUUUAUCAGCGUUCCUAGCGGGAUGUGGAUGAAAUUAGCUGUUUGGCCAUAUUCGUUUCCGUUGUUGUAUUGCUUAUAAAUAAUAACAGAGAUGUUAUGGGAUUUUAACGUCGCAAUACGCCGGUCAUGUGAAAUGACCAAAUGAGGUUUGAAAAGAUCCUAUGUUCCAUGUAAAUAGUUAAAUGUGAACGAAAAUUGGUAGUUGCGGUUUGUUUUGUUUGAAGUUUACUUGAUACUUCACUAUGCCUAAGGUCGUAUCAGUAUUUGAACAAGCUAAAGAAUACGAGCAUGAAGGAUUCGUUGUUUUUAAUAAAGAAAAGCGGAUAAUGAUGUGUAAAUUUUGCAAUACGGUAGUAGAUUGGAAAAGGAAAGAUACAUAUGAAAAACACUGCAAACAGCGAACAUCUCAUUUAGAGAAGAAAAAAAGUCAAACAUCACCAUCAGGUUAGGGAGUCAAAGGGCAAGUGACACUUGAGGAUAAUAUUGUUCUCCAUAAACGAGUAAAGGAAAUUAAAGUCAAAUUUGCAAGUGAUACAGUGCGUGCAUUUGUUUCUGUAAAUAUUCCCCUAGAGAAGCUAGAUCAGCCAGCUAUGAGGGAAUAGUUAAAUGAAUACAUGAAAGGUAAGUCAUGGAAAUGUGUUACGGUUCUAACGUCCUAAUAAACACAAUUUGAUGGGAAAGAGGCCGGAAAAUGUGUAGUAAAACAAAAUUAUAGUAAAUUUAAAAAAAAAACUUUUGAGCCUGAAAUUUUACAGGUACCAUACUCAUUGUAAUUAACUAAUUUGUUAGGGAACCCUUCCUUACAAUGUUUACCAAACUAUUUGGCCAAAGUGGCCAAUUCUCCUGACAGGAAAAAAUUAAUUCUAUAAAGUUUUGUACAGGAACAUAGCAUAGGCCUAUUUAAUACUCAAAAUGUUUAAAUACAUAAACACAGACUGUAAAAUUCUAGACACUAUUUUUGAUGUAAAAUUUAAGCUUGAGACAGUCUAAAUGCUUGAUUAACUAAAAAAAAACUUAACUUGACAAAAUGUAUUCCCUUUGAUAAAUUUUUAAAAUUAAUUUACGUUAAGUAAUAUGGGCAAGUAUGUAUAGUGAAACCUCAUAGAAACAAGGCCUACGUGAAAAUACCUUAUUUAAUUCUCUAGUUUGUUUAAAAGUAAUGUGUAUAUAAUCUAUUAGAUAACAUUUCCACUUCUGUAAGGCUUACGCAGGAAUCUAGUGAUUGCUGUAUCAAGUAUCAUAUACAGCUUUGUGUAUGCAUCAUGAAAUUAAAUAAUUAGUAGAGCAAAUGCACUCAUUUAACAAAAAAAAAUUCUUUUUUUACCAAAAUGUACCACCGAAAUACUUUUUUUUACCGAACUAUAGCACCGAAAUCUUAUAGUUUAUUUACCGAAAUCAGGCAGUUUUAUUUACCAAUUUUCAUGGGCUCUAACAAUGGCCAAUACACUGUACACUGCUGCCAAUAUACGAAAACAUUUUCCCAACUUCAAAUUUACCUAACACUGAUAAGAUAAUAUAUUUACAUUUACCUGCCAGUUUAUCUUCCCAAGACCCCACAAACAAAUCAAAGAAUUAGUAAGCACGCACUUAGCAUAUAGAAUUGACCUGCACUAUUUUGCAAAAAAAAUAAUAAUAAUAAUUUUAAUAUUUCUAGUAGGUGCACAAUCAAAAUUGAUACACCACUGAAAAGAGGAAUGUUCAAAGAUUUAGAUGACUAAAAAAAAAAAUUUGAAUUUUUUUAUAAUUUUGGUGCUCCUUUCCCCCUUAAGUACAGUAUAAACUCUAUAUAACGACACUUAACGGACUGAGCAUUUUUCGGCGUUAUAGAGAGGGUCGUUAAUUGGAGAGAAAUAAAAGAUAUCAUUUUACUAUUCUAUAAUAUAUUUUAUUAAUAUAGUACACAUUUUACACAGGAACAUUAAUAUUCUCAUACAAAUAACAACACUUAUUGCGUAUAGUCUGUUAUUUUUUCUUUGUUUAUCCAUAUUGUAGAAACGGUAGAGCGGCUAAAUCCAAAGCGUCUUCCAACAUCACUGAUCUUUUCUCCCGCCUCUAUUGAGCGUAUUAAUAAAACUUUUUCGUCAAUACACAAGGAUUUUUGUUUGCUCGCCAUGUUUACAGUUCAAAUGUCUGUAAGCAACUGCGAUAAUGACGUGUAACAACUUGACAAAAGUCUAGUGACAGAGGUAAACAUGUGCAAGUUCAUCAUACAAAAACAAAAGACAAAAUUUCUUAGAAUCUCCGGGACGUCAGUCGAAGUAAACACGUUCUAGAUAAUACAACAACAAAACAGCUAACGAAAGAACGUACACAGCUGCAGUUCUUAUCAACUUCGGCAACUUAGAAAGUACUGCUUAAUGAUUUCUAAUGCCGUAUUGUUGUCGUUAAAUAGAGUGAGCGUGACGCUAUAUAGAGUGUAUUAUUGUAUAGAAAACAAGGUAAACCAACCAAAGUCAAGCAAUUUCGACUUUUUAAGGAGUUUGUCGUUGAAUCGAGUGACGUUAUAAAGAGUUUACACUGUAGUUAAAAAGGUUUCCUUGCUGCUGUGUACAAUUUUAAGGACCACUAUUUUAAAUAAUGUGGCUAUUUUAUUUCUAAAAUUGAUCUGUAAAUGUUAAGUUUAUUACUUUUAUUCAUUGUAAUUUAUGUUUAUAAUCAUUAAUUUGGGAUUUAUGGUAUUUUCUCUUCAUAGAAACAGAUUUCAGGAAGAAGAAAAAUGUUGGUUGGCGAAACGUAUUAAACACACAAAUUUUAUUUGUCUUACUGCCGUGUCAUUUACCUUAAGUUUGCUUUGUUUUUUUAGAUGUAUGUAAUUGUUAUUUGGACAUUAAAUAUUUUUGUUAUAACGUGGUGAUUUAGCUUAUGCAUGCCUUCCUUUAGCCUGCAUUGCUGCAUACUAAAAUCAGAUGAGGGAACUUGGAGGCAUACAUGGCCCAGAAAUGCUAGCAUACAGUGUGUACUCAAGAAUGUCUAACUGUACAUUCAGAUAAUGAUUGCAUAGUACUGAUCAGUAGAUAUUCAUGUUGGUACAAGUUAUAACAGUGAAAAUCUGCGAGAAAGUUUCAUGCUUCUAUAAAAUAUGUCUAGAUGCUGGUAAAUUAUUUGUAUCAAGUCUCGCUUACAAAAUGAAAGAUUAACAAUUCACAAAAGUUAUCAUAACUUUGAAUUAUCAGUAUAUCAAAGUCUUUCCUUUAAAAAAAAAAGUCAAGAGUUAAAUUUUUCUGUUUUCAACUCUGGCAUCACUGUUAAGAGACACUAUAGUUUAAGCAACUUAGCACUAAUAUUUCUCAUAUUUUACAAAAGAAACUUGGAAGAAACAUUUAACAAAGGUGUGAGUGAUUCUUUUACUUAAGCCAGUCAUCUAGCUUAGCUAUACUAUCAUUUUCCUAGUGAUACACCCGAUAUGCCGAUGCCGAUACAUACUUCAGAAAGCACAUACUGUAUAAUGUUUUUAAGUUAUUUAUUGAGAAUACAAUAACAAACACACACAAAAUCUUACAGUUUGCUUUCACAUCGAAGAGAAAAUGACUUGGGCAGUUCAAGAAACACAGUUUUUAGGAUGCAAUAGGGAAGUUAAUUAAAGUUUAGAGAAGUUUUAAUUUUAAAACAAAAAUAUUAAACUUGUUUACUACAACUUUUAUGUUUGUACACAGAGCACCUCUCAGGUGCCACACUACCAAACAAAUGUAGUUUUUAGGAAGCAGCACUAUAAAUAUUUUGAAUUUUUGUUCAAAGAAAAUAACUUUCGCAACUUUUGAGGGCUUAUGGAGCUCCUUUUGUUAGUGCACAGAGCACCAGCUGUCCUAAACAGUCUCUCUGAUGCCACACUACCACAAGGCGUUGACAAAUAUUUCUGAGUGAUUGGUGAGGAGAUGUUUUCCAUUACAGAAGUGGGCUUGUAUUAAUGGCACAAAGUGGUUCCUCAAGGUACCUAGUAAGUUCUUGUGUAGGCGCUAAAGAUGUACUAGCUCCAACAUUACUACUACUGGAAAUUAGAUUUGUGAACAAAUAAUGUAUGGCGUGACAAGUGUCACUGGAACUUGUGGUGCUAUUGUCAAGGGUAGGUGAAUGAAGUUCUGGGGUCUGUAACAAACUCAGCUGUUGUUUAAGAGUGGACUUGGCAGAAGUUACAUCUUCCUCACUGGAAAAAAUAAAUUUUUUGAAGCGUGGAUCAAGCAGAGUACUUAAACUGUAACUAACAUUUUUUCCCAUAUCUGCGUAGCGAGUAUUUAGGUUGCGAACCAUGUCAGUGUAGGCAGACUUGAUCUUAUUUCCUGGCUUACAAGUAGACAGAAGUUUUGUCAAACCGUUAACAAGGGGGAUAACUUCUGAAAUACUAGUAUUCUCAUUACUAAUGGUUUGGGUGGACAUGAAGAAAAAUUUCAGCAAUUCCACAAUUUCUCCUACCAAUUUCCAGUCAGCAUUUUUAGUUCCACAUUCAAAUUGAGGUCUGGACCAAGAUAUGAUGUGGCACGUCUCUGCUCCAAAAACCUCUCCAACAUAAUAUAGUUACUGUUCCAUCUGGUUGGUUCAUCGUUUUUCAGUUUGUGGCAUGGCAUUUUGUUGGUUUCUUGGAAUUCAGUCAAACGUUUGUUCGCUGAUAUAGAGUGCCUGAAAUGCCCUACCACACGCCGAACUUUGCUACACACAUCAGAGAAAUUUUUAUGGUUCAAUAACGACUCCUUGAUGACAAGUUGUAAAGUAUGAACAGCUCACCCAACACUCAGAAUUUGUAAUAAUUCGCAAGCCCGAACCAUGUUAGCAGCAUUAUCUCUUACAAUAAGAUGCACCUUAACCUUUAUACCCCAAUCAUCUAGAUACUGUGUGAUAAAAUCACAUGUUCUGCCCAGUGUGGUUAAUAUAACUUAACGGCACAACUUCCACACACACACACUGAUCUCAAAAUCAGAAGAAAUGAAAUGACAUGUCAGUGACAAAAUCAUCAUUUGCCAGAGAUGACCACAUGUCAGUUAUACAGCUGAUAUGGUCUGCAGCCUCCAAAAUGUCUUUUACUUUCCGGGAAACCACAUCAUACAGCUCAGGAAUUACGCUGCGAGAAAUGGUUGUCCUGUGUGGUAUUUUGUACCUUGGCUCGAGGUAUCUCAUCAGAUUGUUGAAACCUGAAAUAAAAAACGUAGGGAUUUUAAUCACGUCACAUAUUAUUCUGUAACUUAAGUCUAUAAACAGCAACUUUAAAAGUAUACUAUAGCCUAUAUUAGGCCUAACUUAACACAUCAUCCCUGCAAGUUAAGCAAAGAGUUACAAAGUUUAAAUGUGUUAGGCCUAAGUUAAAAUGUUUCUUACCUUCUGACUCCACAAUACUAAAAGGCAAAAAGUCUGUGCAAAUCAUAUUUGCAAUCAGUGAUGUUAUUUCUGUUGCCCUUUUGUGAGUAGGAGGAUAAGGCAUGUUCCUCUUAAACAUUUCCGAAAUAUCUUCUUGUUUACUGGUGUCUUUUCGACGUAAUAUAUCUUCUGUGUGCACAAUUUUGGAUGAUGAUGCCAUUGUAGGCCUACAUUCAGACGAUGUUGCGGCAGUUUCAACAAACGAUGUCGCAGCAGUUUCAGACAAUGCAGACGCCUGCGGAACAUCUAACUUUAGUAAUUUAUUAUUUACAGAUGGAUGCUAUCUUUCCAUGAGACGCUUCAAAUUAGUAGUAGUGUAAGAUCGCAUGUCCUUUCCACCACGAGAAUCAAGGCAGUGACAAAUAUUGCACAAAGCCUUUUGGUCAUUGCUUUUACUAACAGAAAAGAAACUCCAUACGUCACUCUUGCGAUUCAUUUCUGUAAUAUUAAAUUUUGUUUAAGAAAGUAGCACCAUGUAAAAUACAAAUAAAUGGGAAAGAAAAUAAUGCUGUUUGACAAAAUCACAGAAAUAGUAAAAAUACAAAGGUAUCGCUAACAACAAUCAUGACAUAGUAUCGAUAUUGCUUUGAGACAAUCGCAAACGUCACUCUCGCAUGCAAAAUGACGAAUGCGCAGCCAUCGAUCAUUGUAGUUCCUUAAGUGCGU